ACUGCUUGGCCGCAAUUCGCCCUCACACUGAGAUUUCCUGGCUCUAGGAACAAGUCUAGCUCAGUUCUCUCCACCAUGAGCCUCAGACCCAGCACCACCUCCUCCUAUACCAGCCCACUUCGUGUCUUACAGGUGCUGCUGCCACUGUCGCUGCUCCUGACCAUGCUGGUUUCCUCUACCUUCGGAAAAAUGUCUAUCCUAGCUAAAAGUGUGGACAAUGAGCGGUACGCUGAGCUUCGCUGCCUGUGUCUAAAGACCACCUCUGGCAUUCAUCCCAGCAACAUCCAGAAAUUGGAGGUGAUCAGGGCAGGACCUCAUUGCCCCAAAGUCCAAGUGAUAGCCAAGCUGAAGAAUGGGAAGGAAUUCUGCCUGGACCCAGAAGCUCCCAGAAUCAAGAAAAUAGUCCAGAAAAUUUUGGAAGGUGAUGGGUCAGCUUAACCUGUUCACAUUCUGUCAAAACUUUUUAUCUCUCAGGAAGAGUAAGAGUUUGAAGUCUUGACUUUGUGGAGUUUUUAAUUUAUCCAGGAUACCUGUUCAUACUGUAUUGCAUUUUGGAUAUCUUUUCUAUUCUCUUUCAAAAAGUUACAUUUUAUUCUGAGAAGAUUGGUUAAUAGAUGACAGAGAGAAGAUGAAAGCAAGCAAGCCUAGUCUUAAAAUAUAAUAUGUGGUUUAUUUCUUAACUCUUGGCUGAAUGUAGUACUGUGCUUUUCAUUUGUUUAAACUUUUCUUUCUAAAUACAUUUGUGUUAACUUAUUUUGCUCUACUUGGCUGUCAGAUGAGACAUGCUCAUGACAGUUAAUAGAUUCCAUAAUGGUCAAUGAUAUUAGGAAUCACACAGAGCCCAUCAUAGAACUGGGCUCAAUAAAUGUUUGUUAAUGUAUUUAGGGACGUAAUAGAAUUCUUCAUUGUCUUAGUCCUAGGAUGUUUGGUUUCAAAGCAUUCUCUGAAAGAUUUUUCUAAUGUUUAUUUUGGCCUUCAAACCCUACAAUUAAUAAAGUUUAGAAUGUGA